CUGGCUGGGAAGAAUAUGACCUGGUGGCCGGUGGGUGCCUCGCUGUUUGCCAGUAACAUUGGCAGUGGGCAUUUCAUCGGCCUGGCAGGGUCAGGAGCCGCAGCAGGGAUUGGGGCUAUUGCAUACGAGUGGAAUGGAAUUCUGAUGGUGCUGCUGCUGGGAUGGCUCUUUCUGCCCAUUUAUAUCUCCUCUGGGGUGAUGACCAUGCCAGAAUAUUUGCAGAGGCGAUUUGGUGGCCGAAGAACUCAGAUAUUCAUAGCUGUCCUGUCUUUAUUUAUUUACAUCUUUACAAAGAUAUCGGUGGACAUGUAUGCUGGUGCACUCUUCAUUCAGCUCGCCUUACAAUGGAACAUCUACCUUGCUGUGGUGAUGCUGCUGUCGAUCACAGCUCUCUACACCAUAGCAGGUGGUCUGGCUGCAGUUAUCUACACAGAUGCUGCUCAAACUGCCAUCAUGCUGGCAGGAGCUCUCACCCUCAUGGCCUUCAGCUUUGUGGAAGUUGGAGGCUGGGAUGCUCUGAUGGACGGAUACCUCAAAGCCAUCCCUUCUGUUCGUGUGCCAAACUCAACGUGUGGCAUCCCUAGAGAUGACUCCUUCCACAUAUUCAGAGACCCGGUGAACUCUGACUUGCCUUGGCCUGGGGUCAUCAUAGGCAUGUCCGUCCCCUCUAUGUGGUAUUGGUGUUCUGACCAGGUGAUCGUGCAGCGAUCCUUGUCUGCUAAGACCCUGACCCAUGCAAAAGGUGGCUCACUCAUGGCUGCUUAUCUAAAAAUUCUGCCUUUCUUUGCUAUCAUGCUGCCUGGCAUGAUCAGCAGGAUACUUUACACAGAUGACGUGGCGUGUGCAGACCCUGAGUUGUGUAAGCAGAUUUGUGGUAACCCAGUGGGUUGUUCAGAUACAGCCUACGCCAGACUGGUCAUGGAGCUGCUGCCUUCAGGGCUGCGAGGUUUGAUGAUGGCAGUAAUGAUUGCUGCACUCAUGUCCUCUCUGACCUCCAUUUUCAACAGCGCCAGCACCAUUUUCACCAUGGAUCUAUGGAAGACUUUCAGAUCCCGUGCAUCCGAGUGGGAACUUAUGAUUGUGGGCAGGGUAUUUGUGCUUGUGCUGGUGGUGGUGUCCGUGCUGUGGAUUCCUGUCGUCCAGGCCAGUCAGGGUGGGCAGCUUUUUAUCUACAUCCAGUCCAUCAGCACCUACCUGCAGCCCCCAGUCUCCAUCAUCUUCCUCACAGGCUGCUUCUGGAAGAGGACUAAUGAGAAGGGUGCAUUCUGGGGCCUGGCUGUCGGCCUGUUGGUGGGCUGCAUCCGCAUGGUGUUGGACUUCAUUUACCCUGCGCCCCUAUGCUACGAGGUGGAUGACAGGCCCGGGGUGUUGAAAUACGUCCAUUACCUAUACUUCUCCAUGUUGCUGUCCUUCAUCACCCUAGUUGUGGUGGUUGUAGUCAGCCUGGCUACAGAGGAGCCCAAACCGGAGCAGAUAAGUCGCCUCACCUGGUUCACUAGGUUUGACCCAGUGGAGCCCAAAGAGCAGGUCUUCUCAGUGGAGCGGAGCACGAAGAGCUUAGAGGUGAUCACUAUCUCUUCUCUCUCCCUCCUGAACUCUCCAGACUCUUUAUCCUCCGUGUCCAGCGUCCAGAGCCAUUCCAGGAUGAUGUCUGCCCUCUACUGGCUGUGUGGGAUGGAGAGAAGGAAGGAGGGAGAUGAUAAAUCUGUGACUCCUCCGGCACCUGCACAGGCCAUCUGUUCUCUGGAGGAAAAGCCACGUCUACGACGCAUUGUCAACGUCAACCUCCUUGUUUGCCUAUCAGUAACUGCCUUUAUCGUCGGCUACUGGGGUUGA